AUGAGUUUUCCAAUAAAACCUGAAUUUUUUGACCUCAAUGAACUGGAAUGUAGGCUUGUAGCUCCAAGACUUGCAUUUCAAAAAUUAAUGCAAGCUCCAAGAGGAAGGCAAUUCAAAAUACAUGGAAAUGUUGUAAAUGUCCCAGCAGAAGUAACUGAUACUGUCAAUAUCUUACCAAGGUUACCCAAUGAUGCUGGUACAAUUAAAGUCAAUUUAAAGAGAAAAUUGCAAUACAAAAGCUCAGCAUUGUCUCUCAAUAUAAGGCCACAUAAAGUUGUUCAAGCAGCCAAUUGGCUAGUUAAUAACAGCACUCUCUACAAACAGGAAGGAAUAACUGUAAAUCAAGACUGGGGAGUAAACAGUUUAUUAGGUGAAACUAAUCCUGAAAAUCAAAAUGAACAAUCAGAAGAAAUACAAAACACCAGUAGCUGCAAUAAGCAAAGUAAUAUUAGUGGAAGUGAUGUCACUGAUAGUGAUGAUCAGUGGACUGAAGAUGAGGCAGAAAUACCUGCUGGUGUUACUGACACCAUGUUGACGAACACAGAAUUUGUUGAAGACAGUGAGCCUCAACAUAUAUUAAAUGUUGCACCAGGAGAAGGAACCAAACCCCUAAGUAUAUUCAGAGAUCAAUAUUCUGAAGAAUUAGCGUAUCCUGGUAUAUUCCUUGGUCAAGGGAAAUCACAAGUUGCUCUUAGGAAGUGCAAAGGAAAUAAUAGAUCUUUAAAUGCAGGACAGUUGAAAUGUGAAGGAGCAAUAGAGCGCUUGAUUCAUCUUGAUGAAGGAUUCCAAUUCUUGAGAGCAUUAAGAGGUUCACCACCAUAUUUUGAAAAGGCUAAGAAAGAUUUGUUUGCAAUGAUUAGACAAUUAGGACCAUCUUCUAUAUUCUGUAGUUUUUCUUCAGCAGAAACACAAUGGAUACAUUUCCUUCGAAUACUUGGCCAGGUAGUUGAUCACAAAGACUACACUACCAGUGAGCUUGAAAAUAUGACCUGGGAUGAGAAAUGCAGGCUUAUUCAAAGUGACCCAGUGACAUGGGCUAGACAUUUUGAUUAUCAAAUUAGUCAAUUUCUCACGAACUUUCUUUUUGGUAAAGCUCAACCAUUAGGCAAAAUUUCUGACUGGUUUUACCGAGUAGAAUACCAGCAGCGGGGCUCACCCCACAUACACAUGCUUAUAUGGCUUGAAGAUGCACCAGUAUUUGGAGUCGACGACGAUGCUGCCGUUACAGACUUUAUUGAUAAAAUAAUUAGUUGUCAGUGGCCAGUUGAUAACACAGAAUUACAUAAACUAGUGAACAGGCAAAUUCACAGGCAUUGUCACACUUGUAGAGAAAAGUCAAAGAAUGAAUGUCGAUUUAACUAUCCACAACCUCCUAUGAGAGCAACUGAAAUUCUUUACCCUUUAGAAGCAGACAUGCCACAAAAUAAAAUAAAACAGCACAAAGACACUUGGAAAAUAAUCAACAAGCAAUUAAAUGAUAUGAAAGAAGGCGAACCUAUAACAUUUGAACAACUACUUGUCAAAUUAAAAGUUACUGAAAAUGAAUAUCGACUAGCUGUGAGGUCAUCGUUAAAUUCACCAACUGUGUUUUUAAAAAGAAAACCGAAUGAGUUAAGAAUAAGCAACUAUAAUCCUGCUUCCCUCGAGGCGUGGAGAGCAAACAUGGAUAUCCAGUUUGUACUUGAUGUGUAUGCAUGUGCCAUGUACAUAGUUUCAUAUAUUUCUAAAGCACAAAAAGGAGUGAGUGAACUUUUACGACAAGCAUGUGCUGAAGCCAGAAAAGGAAAUUCUAGCAUAAAGCUACAAGUCCGAGACAUUGGAAACAAAUUUUUAAACAGUGUCGAGAUAAGUGCACAAGAAGCUGUUUACAUUGUUUUACAGCUUCCUAUGAAGAAGUCUUCUCGUCAAGUAAUAUUCAUAAAUACCACUCCUCCUAAUGAAAGAGUUCAGCUUUUAAAAUCAAUAAAUGACAUUGAAGAAAUGGAUGAUGAUUGUGAAGAUGUAUAUACCAAUGGUCUUUUGCAAAGAUAUGCAAAACGCCCUUUAAGCCUUGAAUACUUAACAUUGGCAGAUUGGGCUGCAUGGUAUGACUCAUGUGGAAAACCAUAUGCAAAAAAAUCAUUCGAAAGAGAUUCUGAUAACCUUCCAUUAGAAACAGCUGAUGAUGAACAAAAUGACGAUGACCUUUUUGAGGAUAAUCUCAUCAAUCCCAAAAGUAACAAAAAAAGAUCAAAGGCUAGAAUUAUAAGAAGUGUUUGGUAUAACUGUGAAAAAGAUCCAGAAAAACAUUAUCGUGAAUUAAUAAUGCUGUUUACGUCAUGGAGAAAUGAGGACACUGAUUUGUUAGCUAACUGUUCCUCCUACCAAGAACGUUUCAUAAAUGUAAAAGAUAGUAUAAAUAAGCAAAUGAAACUAUAUGCUGUUUGCAGUGAAGACUUAGACAAAAUCCAUGAACACUUGAUUCAUCUUGAUGAAGACAAUGAUCAUUUUGACUCAAUAGCACCAUUUACACAAAACAGAGAAUACCAGGAUGAGGCUGAGGGUCUUCAAGAUUUGCAUCCUGAUCUCAAUGAAAACUAUGAUUUAUCAGAAGAUGUUGGAAUUCCUUCAGCAAUAGAAACUAACAAACCAUUCUACUAUUUCCUCUCUGGAGGAGCUGGAGUGGGCAAGUCCCAUCUGGUCAAAUGUCUUUAUCAAGCAGCACUAAAAUAUUACAACUCCAGAGCUGGUGAAGACUUCAAUGAUGUUAAAAUACUGUUAGUAGCACCAACUGGAAAAGCUGCUUUUGGCAUACAAGGUAAUACAAUACACAGUACCUUGGCAAUUCCAGCAAGCCAGUCACUAAAGAUUUAUAAACCUCUUGACUCAAGUAGACUUAACACUCUGAGAUGUAAACUUCGUGCAGUGAAACUAAUAUUUUUGGAUGAAAUUUCAAUGGUUGGCAAUACUAUGUUUAAUGUACAAAUAAAUAACAGAUUAAAAGAUAUUAUGGGCAGCAAAGAACCAUUUGGAGGUGUAAGCAUGAUAGCACUUGGUGAUUUAUUUCAGUUAGAACCUGUUAUGGAUGGUUAUGUGUUUAAAGAUAUGAACAACUCAGAAUAUCGAGCUCUUGCUCCCAACUUGUGGCAAGAACUAUAUACAAUGUUUGAAUUAGAAGAAAUUAUGAGACAAAGAGAAAGCAAAGAAUUUGCUCAACUUCUUAACAGGUUAAGAGAAGGUAAUCACACUCCAGAAGACAUUGCAAAACUUAAAGAGAGAUGCAUUUCAGAAAAUUGUACAAAUUACCGUAUCGAUGUCCCCCAUUUGUUCAUACAGAAUUCUUAA